CUUAACUCUACCGUCUGGUCUUGUCGCCGAAAGACUACUGGAGAAAGCGCUCAGAGUGUGAACAAGUCUCGGGUCGUCGUCGUAAAGGUCCUGUGUCGAGACCGAGCCGAGGUGGAAAGGAAUUGGCGCAAGACGGCAAAGGAGCUGACCUUGGAGGAAUACACCGAGGAAGUGUCAGCAUACGAAGCGAAGAUCAUGGAAUCACUCAACCAUAAACACAUUGUUCGCUUCAUCGACUGUCACGACGGAGGCACGACUUCUAACAUGCUCAUCAUGAACAUCUGCAUGGAGAAGCUCGACUGCGAUCUCAAGAGCUUCGUUGAAGACAACUCAGGGACUAUCACCAAGACAGAAUUCGCUAAGAUGGCUCAGCAGAUUUGCCUUGCCCUUCAAUACCUGCACAAGCAGAAGCUGAUUCAUGGCGACCUCAAGCCUCAGAACAUCCUCGUUGACAAGUCGAACAACAAUAUGCUGAAGCUUGGGGAUUUUGGCAGUACAGUGGAGCUCGGCUCAGAAGAACGCUAUGUCAGCGCCGACAAUUUUGGCGGUACACCAUUCUUCGUGGCUCCAGAGCUUCUCAAGGACGAAGCCAAGUGUGGUCGCGCGGUGGACUUCUGGGGCGUUGGUUGUGUCCUUGCCUUCAUGGCUAUCACUCAUAACCCCUUCCAAUUCUCAGCUGGAAGACUGAUUAUGGACCACGAAAUCCUGGCAAACUAUCGGGAAUCCGAAGCUCGAAGUGAUGAUCGGCCGAGAAUUAUUCAGAUACUCGGCAUUCUCGCUACUUUGGGCUGG